UCUGUCUCUGUCUGUCUGUCUGUUCAUGGACUGAUGAGGCAGGCCGCUUAUGUCGGAAGUAGUUGUUGGGGAUUGACACCAACUGUUUUCGUUGUGUUCUGUAUUGAGCGUAUUUCUUUGCAAGUACUGUUUGAGCAGGCACUAGUAGGAAUUUAAGGGAUAAUAAUUUCGUUUAUCGUGCUUAUUAGUGCUCUAAAUUACCUAUCGUCACUCCAAGAACACGAGAAUACAGAAGCCAUAUAUAAAUCAGUGAGGCACUUGCAGGCAAAGGUCGUUUAACAAUACAAUAGGAACCAAAUGCAAAGGGUGUUUCACCAAAGGCCUCCGUCAUAUCCAAAUCUUCAUGUUGGGCAUUUUCCAAUCAAAAUGAUAGAGAAGCGGAAGCUCUAAUCCGAAUGACAUUCUCCUUCCUGCACCAAAAGGUAUGCAUUCCAGAUGGUUCCCUUUGAAAUCAAAGGAGCUCUCCUCAAAUCAAAGGCUUUAUGCUGCUCUAUGAUGCUAUCGAACAGCUUGUCUAAUUUUCGAUACAUCCGUUGGGUCUUCAACGGAAGCAGCUAGCUGAUGGAAGGAUAGAGAUCGGCCAACAAGAACCCCGUCGCCAGCUCGACGGAUUAUACAAGUCUUUGCCCCGACCACCACCCUCGUUGUAACAUCGUACGACGUCAUCCCCGACAGAUUAGCCGGAGAUCCUUCUCCUUCACAACAAGCCAUCUGUUUGCAGAGGCUCAAAGUCUCCUCCACUCUUUUGUCGCCACUGGGGCUGCGACGAUGUCGGAGUAAUUGUAGGUGAGUUUCCCCAUCAUCAGCCCCGGGGGCCGGUUCGCGAAGUUUAUGUCGUGAGUUCUGACCACUUGUUUGGCGAAGUCGACGGAGGAGAUGAUGACGGAGUGGAUCUCGCCGAGCUGGAGAUGCAUCAGGGGGCCGUGUUUGGCGGGGCGGAGCAUGAGGUGGAGGUUUCCGAUGAGGGGGGGGGUUUUGGGGCCUGGGAUGUGUGAGUAAGUCUUUGCAUGUUUUGAGAUUGUUUCAGAUUUCAGAAACAUCAACACAAAGAGGAGAAAGGAAAUUAGUAGAGGUAUCUGAGUCCGAAGCUCAGCUCCAGAGAAGUGUCUCAACAUCUGGUGGUUCGUCGAGAUCUUCCAUCAUGGUGGGGUUUGAUGAUGUAUUACUUGAAAUCAUGCACAAGCUCACCAAUGGACAAGACGAUCGCCAACUCCGAGUCAUCCCUGUUGUAGGCAUGGGAGGGAUAAGUAAGACCACUCUCGCUAAACUUGUUUAUGCACAACCGUUGAUUAAGGUGCGUUUUGAUGUUUGUGCAUGGGUUACUGUUUCCCAAAAUUUUAACAUUAGAGAAAUCCUUUUUGAGUUGCUUUCUCAAGCCAACAAAGGAAGAAAUUAGUGAAAAUGAAGUAGGAUUAACACUCUACAAAUAUUUAUUCAAUAGAAGGUUUAUAGUUGUAAUUGAUGAUGUGUGGAGUGUUGAUGCAUGGGAUAAGAUGCAAACGUUCUUUCCCGAUAAUUGGAAUGGUAGUCAUGUAGUGGUGACGACUAGGCAAUCGCAGUUGAGUUCUCAAUUGAACAGCAAUUAUUCCCUUCGAUUGAAGUUAUUAGAUGAGGUUAGUAGCUGGGAUCUAUUCUCCAACUCUGUGUUUGGGAAGGAAAGUUGUCCAGUUGAGUUGGAGGAAAUUGGGAAGAAAAUUGUAGAGAAUUGCAGAGGACUUCCUUUAGCAAUUGUUGUGGUGGGAGGUGUUUUGAAAAAGGUGGAACACACUUAAGAAGGCUGGGAAUCAAUAAGAAAAAACUCAAGUUCAGUAGUUAGUGAAUUCGGCUGAUGAAGAUUUUUGCUUGAAAAUUCUGAAACUAAGCUACAGUUAUUUGCCAAUUUAUUUGAAGCCAUGUUUUCUAUACAUGGGAGUGUUUGAUGAAGACCAUACAGUUCGUGUCUCAACACUCGUCAAGUUGUGGGUUUCUGAAGGACUUUUAAGACCAAUAAGUGGGAAAAGCAUGGAAACGAGUGCAAAAGAGUACUUAAUUGAGCUAGUUGAUAGAAAUCUCAUUCUAGUUCACGAGUUAAGAUCGACUGGAUGCAUAAAGUACUGCAAAGUUCAUGAUCUAUUGAGAGACUUUUGUUGCAGAGAAGCCGGGAAAGAUGGGUUUUAUCAUGUGAUAUGGCAACAUAAGUCUCAGGGCUCAAAUAGGCAACGUUGUGUUAUUAUUCCCAGAGGCACUACAAAGGAUGAGGCUUGUGAGGCCUUACGAUCUGUUCCGCUUGCUCGUUCUCUUGUAUGUCAUAGCUUGGAAGUUGUUCCAAUGCCUGAGUCAAAACUGUUGAGGACAUUGAAAGCUUAUGAUAGAGAUAGAUAUGGAACCCAUGAAUAUUUGUUAGAUGAUCUGUUCCAGUUUGUGAACUCGCGGUAUCUUGCUGUUGGAGUUCAGUUUGUUGGGAGGAUGUAUGGUAUCCCUUCUUCAGUUAGUUUUCUUUGGAAUUUACACACACUGAUCAUUUUCCAUUCUACAAAUUUUGUUGCAUCAAGUUUUUGGAUGAUGCCUCAACUUAGGCAUUUUGAAUCCUAUAAAGGAGCACUGCAUCUACAACGUCCUCCUAAUGGAAACGUUGUCAUCAUGUACGAACUACAAACGCUCAAAGGAGUUGAUCUUUGGAAUUUGGAUUGGCAUUUGAGUUUCCCCAACAUAAAGAAAUUGGCAAUACAUAGUGGAGAGUUUCAAAAUCUCGAGUCCAUGAAUACACUAGAGUCCUAUACUAACUGGUGGCAGGUUAAAGGGAAUACCUUCCCACACUAUCUUAAGAAGUUGAGCUUGGGAUCACACCACUCCAAUUGGGAUGUGAAUGAAGAGAUGCUAAAAAACAUAGGUGCAUUACCUCUUCUUCAGAAGCUUAAAUUGGAACGAGCUCAUUUCCAAAAAGGCGUGUGGGAAACGAGUGAAGAACAGUUCCCCAGGCGUGUGGGAAACGUGUGGGAUGCAAUCAAUUCACUUGGAAUAUUGCAGCGAAUCAGUCGUGGAGUCUGCCAAGACAAUAGCAGAGGACCAAGAUGAAUUACAAGUUCGAGCUGUGGUCUUCAACAACCAAGCACUUCAGAGCCUCGCGGGGCCCAACUUUCGGGUUGAGAUUGACAAUUUCUAGUGUGAAACAUUGAGGUGAACUCUGCAUAGCGUAGAACGAAAUGGUAUUUACGGACGUGAGUAACUUGGGGCUCCCGGGAUAAAGUAGGUCACCAUGCCUAAACCCGAUCUUAAGCCGACAACAAUAGGAAGCUUCACAAAACCUCCAGAAGGAUCAAACACACACGAGUUGUCUGGCAUUGCAACUUUAAGGUAACACAUCUGCGGGACGCUGAGCAAGGCCGUAUCAGCUACGUUGAAAGAGAAGGAAUAAACCCCCUCAAGAUUUGUGUGUGCCGUUUUGAUCACCUUCUCUACAAACAGGACGCCACAGACAACAUCCACCCGUGCGUCUGGGACCAAUGGGUACGUCUUCACAGCCGCUAUAGAAGCGUUGAUACAAGUGACAAUGCCUGCUAGAGUGGCAUUGCUGUACAGUGCUUGAGAAGAAGCUUGCGAGAGUGCAAGCGAGAGGAGAGUGAUGAGAAGAAACGACGAAGGAAAAGCCAUCUUCGCUCGUUUUUUCGAUUCAACAUUUUGUCAUGCAAACUUAAUAGGGAAAUAAGGUGGGAUUUUUGGUCUGUUUAGAGUUUAAAGAGUGUGGUUUUCCUUUUGCCCUUUGCUUUACUUGUAAAGUUUCCUACUCUGUACAUGCAACACAAGCUGUUGUAAUUGAAUAUAAAGAUUAUAUUUUUCUCAAUCUA